AUGUCUGUCCUUCUUGAAAUGUACCAUGCUACUCAAGCAUGCGCCAGCGUCUAUCUGGCCUUGCUAUCUGCCAUUGCAAUCUACAACCUCCGUCAAUGGGAGCCACAAACUGAAAGCGCAUCACGCUACUCGAACACGGCUACGCGACAGCUUCACAAAACCAGAACCACACAGGCUAGUGGUGUGCUAGCUACUCUAUCCUCGUUGGUGUCGUCGGUAAUUCUCGUUGUCGCCGUAUCAUCCGGUCGGAACACCAAGCCAUUCUUGCUCAGUGCCGCCAAUGCCGGCGGCCUUUUCCUGGCAUACAACCACAUUGGGAAUUUCUGGCGUAGCAGAGCCACAGUACCCCUAGCAUCCCGAUACAAUGAAGGAAUCAGAUCAACGCGGCAGAUGUUGCAAGCUCUAGGGGUAUUGAUGGUGAGCUGGGCAGCAUCGACGGUGAUAUAUCUGUUCCGAGCAAUUAUGUACUGA